AUGCGUGUGGGCCUCCAGGACCCCAGUAAAGCGAACGCGCUUUCGCCAGCCAGUCCAGCCCAGUUGGUCUUGAGAAUCCAACACGCGCACCUAAUAAUACCACAACUAUCGAAUUCCGCCACCGAAAACUCUCCACGUCCUCUGCGUCCUCCGUCCUCCCCCGCCAGCAAGAGCUGCGCCGAUACCCCGAAGCUGUCGAGCUCUGCGGCCUGCCACGGCAACUCGUCUCUAGCACCGCAAAUCCUGACGUGUUGCGAGACGGACUUUGCGCCGUUCACAACGAGGCGCGUUAAGAAGGGACCGGACUGCGCGUCGGCUGUUCUUGUCGAUUCUGAGGACCCUGAUGCCAGCCGCAUCCUGCCUGGCUCCAAAGGACAUCCAUGCCCGCUACAGUUGCGUGCCCUACUCCAAUCCUCGCACGUUCUCUCCACGACACGAGAUGACAUGCUGCACGACACUGUCGUUGCGCGCUCGGAUGCAGAGAGUUUCCCUGCCAGAAGUGCAUGUUUUGACACGGUAACAUGGCUCACGGCCCCGGUCACGGACAGCCGGUGUCAAGCAGAGCUUUGA